GGCUGGCUGCCCAGUCAGUUCCCAAGUAUGUCGCGUCCGCGUACCUGGGUGUCGCAAGUGCCUUUUUCUUGAAAGCCUCCCGUUCUCGAAGCAGAGCUGGGUCCAUAUUUUUGAAGAUUUACUACGAAACUCUAUGAUAUGAUGUGGCUAGAUAGAUUAUUAUUAGUUUGCGCUAUUCAAAUUGCGCUUGCUAUAAUUUGCGUCGCGGCCGACGACUACAAAUGGGCGUGCGACAGCGGCAAAUGUCUCAAGACACGCCAUGAUCCCAAGAACAAGGAACCCGCCCUGAGCUUGGAGGCCUGCAAAAUGUUCUGCAACGAAUAUGGUCUCCUCUGGCCGAGGCCCACCGGCGACACGGAUCUCGGUAACUUCCUCUCCAAGAUCAACCUGAAUAGCAUCGAGAUGAAGAUUGACCGCCAUGGUGAGACUGACAAACUGAUGCAGGCAGCUUUUCAGAGAUUCCUCAGUAUUGUGGCUCUAGCCAUACCCAAAGAUGCGACGCCGAAAACCAAAGGCAAGGUGUUAGAUGUGCAUCUUAUCAACCAGGAUCCCGAUAACGGCGAUUUUUCCUUGGACAUGCGUGAAAACUACACACUGAAAAUAUCCGGGAACAACGAUAAAGUGGAAGCCUUUGUAACUGGAGGGUCGUUUUUCGGAGUCCGCCAUGGCCUAGAAACACUCUCUCAGCUCAUUCUUUACGAUGAUAUCAGAGAUCAUCUCUUGAUCGUUCGAGAUGUUAGCAUUGUAGACAAUCCGGUCUACCCAUACCGAGGACUGCUUCUCGAUACAGCAAGGAACUAUUAUACCGUGGACUCUAUUAAGAAAACUAUAGAUGCAAUGGCCGCCGUGAAGUUGAACACUUUCCACUGGCACAUUACGGACAGCCAGAGCUUCCCCUUUGUGUCUGAGAGGAGACCGAAGCUCUCGAAAUAUGGUGCUUACUCUCCUUCUAAGGUGUACACCCCAGCAGCGAUGCGCGAGAUUGUGGAGUACGGGCGCGUACGCGGCGUGCGCGUGCUACCCGAGUUCGACGCGCCCGCGCACGUCGGCGAGGGCUGGCAGGACACCAACCUCACCGUCUGCUUCAAGGCGGAACCCUGGGCCUCGUUCUGCGUUGAGCCUCCGUGUGGUCAGCUGAACCCCACGAGGGAUGAGUUGUACGAUGUGCUAGAAGACAUUUACGCGGAUAUGGCAGAGAUAUUCCAGCCGGACAUCUUCCAUAUGGGCGGAGACGAAGUCAGCGAGCGCUGCUGGAACGUGUCCGAAGAAAUCCAGCAGUUCAUGGUCCAGCACCGCUGGAACCUGGACAAGGCCGGCUUCCUCGAGCUGUGGGACUACUUCCAGAAGAAAGCACAAGAGAAGGCGUACACGGCAUUUGGCAAGAAGCUGCCUCUGAUCCUAUGGACCAGCACGCUGACGGACUACAGCUAUGUUGAAAAAUAUCUUAACAAGGAUGAUUACAUCAUUCAAGUGUGGACAACGGGGGUAGACCCACAAAUCCAAGGGUUACUUUCAAAGGGGUACCGCCUCAUAAUGUCCAACUACGAUGCGUUGUACUUAGACUGCGGCUUUGGUGCCUGGGUUGGCGCAGGGAAUAACUGGUGCUCUCCCUACAUUGGGUGGCAGAAAGUUUACGAUAACAGCAUAGCAGUCAUGGCCUCCGAGAACAAGGAUCUAGUUCUAGGAGGUGAAGCGGCCCUGUGGUCGGAGCAGUCGGACACGGCCACGCUGGACCAGCGCCUGUGGCCGCGCGCCGCCGCGCUCGCCGAGCGGCUCUGGACGGAGCCCCCCACCACGUGGCUGGACGCCGAGCACCGUAUGCUGCAUACGAGAGAACGUCUCGUCCGGAUGGGAAUCCAAGCAGAGUCCAUCCAGCCAGAAUGGUGCUACCAGAAUGAAGGAUAUUGCUACAGAUAAGCAACCGUCCAAACAAUACUUUACAGCGGUAUUUCUAACUUAGCGAAAUAUUCCAUGCUGAUUAUUGUAUAAUUUACUAUCUCAUGAGUCGAGAUUAAAUAAUUCAAUUACAUAUAUUACAAUUCUUAAAGAAUUCUGUACCUAAUUGUACAAGAUCCCAGACAUUCUGUGAAUUUGAUGGAGGCAUGCAAACGUCUAAUCUAACUUAUAUCUAACUUAUAACUCUUAUAAGGUUGGUGGCCCUUGAAAAAUCCAAUUGUAUAUAAAAUUCUGUAAGAAAUGCGCAAACAUUAAUCCACCUCCUUUAUGAGUUUUUGCUAUUCUGCAUUUGUUAACAAAAGAGAGCUCGUUUUUCCUACCUGUAUUUCUAUAAGUAAUAUUAUUCUCAUAGAUCUAAUUUCAGUCAUGAUAUUGUUUCAUAACAAUAAUUUUCGACAUUCCAUAUAUCUAAGAGUUUGUUUAAAACCCGGUAAGUGGAUAGACUGGAUAGAGAUAUAGUGAUUUGAAAUAAUCUUAAUCUGUUAAACAAAAGCCUUUGUUUCUUAUAUACAAAGCGGUCAGCUCCCGUCUAAAUAGCAAGUGUUAAAAGCAUCUAUCGUGAUAUUAAGGUUCCAAAAUUUAAGCAACAGUUUUGUCGAAACCCAAUCAGCCACGAUAACAAAACUUGUUAUCUGCGAAUGGGCUGUUUCAUGAAUUUGUACCAUGUAAUUAGGAUGGUAAAAUUGGUUUUUAAACAGCUUGUUCUUAUGGCAGCGUUUUAGCAGUAGCAAACGUACUUACUAUAUAAAAGAAACAAUACCUUUUGUUUAAUAGAUUAGGGUUCAAGACUGAAAAAAACAUUUCAUAGUAUUCAUGCUAUAACUCUCUGUCCAGGUCUAUCCACUUACUUGCUUUAAGAAACUGCACUAAGGUGGUGGGGGCGUGUUAGAUCGUAAACCUUAUUGAGAAAUGAGAAGGAAUUAAGAGUUACAAGGAAGAAUAGCUUUGCGAUCCUAGCGAAAUAACGGUACUUUUUCUACGAAAUUGCAUUGCGGGAGAAAACGUUUUCCACUAACUAAAUCUUCACAAAUCACUUUAAUUUUUGUAUUGCAAAAUUUGAAAAAAGCUCAAAAACCUAGUUUUUCAAUGUGUCAAUAACAUACUAAAAAAUUACGGAGAAUGGCGAAUAUUUAGAAGUGGAAAAACGUUUUCUCUUCUUGUUUGGACGAUACCGUGCUAUACUGGACUUAUUCACAGAUACUGUGGGGGUUAGAAUACAAAUGCACGCAGUGCUAACUGUUAGUGAUUCUACUGCCUUGGCAUAAAUAAGUAGGUAAUAAGAGUAGGUGCAAGAAACUUCGUAUAUUUAACUAUUUUUUGGCGCGUACAGUGGCGUGGUUUCUGUUAACACGUUUACUGGAAUAUAUGUAAUACAAUAGAACAAAUCUAAUACUUAUUAUAAUAUUAUUGCACGUA